AUGAAACUAAAUACUGUGAAAAUACUAAUAAUCACGUUCUGUGUCAGUGAGAUCUACGCACAAAAUGCACAGGAUUGUAAAGAAGUUAUUGCAACGACAGAAGUUCAGAAGUUCAUUGUAUUGAGCAGUGGCACGGGUUGUCAGUACCGUGUGAAAUCGGAAUCCGGUAAAGCGGUUAAGGUGUUUGUCAAUGCGACGAGUGGAACCAAAUGUGUGAAGGUGUCCACUGAUGGGAAAUCGGAGACGCUGUGUCCAUCAGGUCCAACGAACCAAUUGACAUCCAGCCCACCAAUUGACGUGAGUGCGGUUUCUGACACGACUAGUUCAGAUGCGACAACCGCACCUACGAUAGAAGCGACGACGAAAGCUACGGUAGCACCUCUACCACCAGCAAAACCAGAGACUGGAGGAAGAGAUCAAGAAUCGGAGAAUUCGGAAUCAUCAGAUAAACAAGAAGGGGAUGUGAGUUUAAAAAAAGAAUCAGUAAAGAAAGCAAACGAGAAGGAGACUGGUUCGAGCAGAGGUGCGGGAGUUGAGAAAAAGUUGAAUGAACAAGACCAGCAAGAAGAUGAACAAGAAAAAUCCCCAGUGAAGCCAGAAAAAGAUGAUAUUCAACUUAUCAGACUAGCCAGAGAUACUUCUAAUGACGUAACCGUAUAUUAUGUAUUGGACGGCGUGUCGAAAUCGAAUCCAUCAAUGAUCCUACUCCCGGGACUCAUUGCUUUUCUGAUCCUCAGCAAUCUAUACGGGAUCGUUGGUAAGUCAACCGGUGUUGGAGAAAAUUAUUUUACAUUACCAACAAAAGAUGCACAGAGUUGUAAAGAAGUUGUCGCAUCGAAUGAAGUACAGAAAGUCACUGUAUUGGGCAGUGGCACCGGUUGUCAGUACCGUGUCAAAUCGGAUUCCGGCAAAGCGGUUAAGGUGUAUGUUAAUGCAACGAGUGGAACGAAAUGUGUGAAGGUGUCCAGUGAUGGGAAAUCGGAAACGCUCUGUCCAUCAGGUGCAUCAAAUCAGUUUAUAUCCAGCUCACCGAUUGAGGUGAGUGCGGAUUCCGACACGACUAGUUCAGAGGCCACAACGACUAAACCAACUGAAGCACCGACAGAACCGACCACACAACCUUCACAACAAGCUGGGAAAAAGCCUUCACAAGAUAAGUCGCAGGAAGAUCCAUCGUCGAGACAGCCCGAUCCAAAAGAACCAGGAGCAGCUGGAGAACAAAGACUACCAUCGGGGAAUGAUGCACGACAAAACGUCCGAGUAGAAAACAAUGACAAGCAAUCAAGGGAAGGAACGGAUGCUAUCAGUCCUGCGCUUUUGAGGAAAGCCAGAGCAAAUUUGGAGAACGCCGGAUCUAACGACGUAAUUGUGUACUACGUAUUAGAGGUUAAGGCCUCAGGCGAAACAAAGAGCUUCGUUGUAAAAGGGAGUGGCACGGGCUGCCAGUACCGUGUCAAAUCGGAUUCCGGUACAGCGGUGAAGGUCUACGUCAAUGAGACGAGUGGAACCAAUUGUGUGAAGGCGACUAGUGGAGAUAGAUCAGAAACUCUGUGUCCAAAAGGUGCAACGACUGUAUUCACAUCCACCUCGGCGAUUGAUGUGAGUGCGGACUCCGUCACGACUACUACAGCCGCUGAUACAACGGCAGAAACACUAACUACACAAGCUCAAAAUCCAAAUCCUUCAGGAGGUGCGGAAGGAAAGGAUGAGAGUAAAACAGAUUCAAACAUCAAGGAAGAAACAUCGAAGGGAAAAGGGCAGGAACCUCCGGAAAAGGAGAAAAAAGAAAAAGUAAAAACGGAGAAAGGAAAAGGGGCAUCAGCGGAAAUGUCAAAAAUGGAAGCUCCUGUUGUUGCUGCAAGUUCAGUAAUAAGGCGAGCCAGAGAUACAUCAAACAGCACUGGAUUUGACGAUGUGAUUGUAUAUUACAUGUUGGGUGAGUGUGAAAGUGGAACCAGAUAUUCGUGCAAAAGACUUAAUCAAUCAAAUGUGUGA